CUGCUAUGGAACAUGUCCAUUUAUAACGAGUCUAUCAACAACGACUACGACAACGACAACAUACGCGACACGGAAAGAGACAGCCCCACGAACAAACGCAAACGGGACGCCCUCAGCGACGAGAGAAUCGACCUCGAUCGUCGUCCCUUCGCGAUACGCCCCGACUCCUCCAAUCCAUUCGCCGCCCCGCAAACCUUUAUCCCACAAUGUCUGCUGCCACGCUCACAAUUACCGCUGGCUUAUCUGGAUACUGCUCAGGACGGUAGUCGACUCUUCGUGGCGAGUGUGCACAUCCUGGAAGCUUGCCACACAUAUGGACAGGUUCCAAGUGUUCUGAUUGUGGAGGAUGGCUCGGACAAGAGGCUAUACGCCAUUGAACGCGUACAGAGGCGCAGAUAUGCAUUAUGUCGGCUUGCGAAAUGCGUGACCAAGGACGAGAUACUGGGAAGGGCGAUAUCGGACUUCCGCCCACUGGAGUCUCUUUCCAAGCGGCGGGCAUUGGAACCGUCGCGCGAGAGUGGCCAGCCAUGGUGGAAGGCGGCUGCUGUCAAUUUUCAGCAGACUGCUGUGGAUGGAGUUAGCACAAGGCCAACACUUUCCCUGCGGCAUCCCGAACCCUCGGAAACAGCAGAGCAGGUCGAAGUACGAGACACUAUGCCGGACGACAGUCUUCUAGUCCAGCCUACGUCGCUUGACGACACUCUGCAGGAAUUGGCCAGGCAGUAUCUGGACGCUUUGUACCUGUCGAGAACGCCAUUGGCAUACUUUGUCAAAGGCCCUCUUGCUCGCACGAGAGCUGCAUUCUCGUCGCAUCCCGCUGAUCUGAUUAGCUUCUUGCGCGGGACCGUCUUAACUUCGGCCACGAUGGAUAAGAAGUUCCGCGAUGUACUCCUCGAACUGGUCAAGGACUUUGCAAUUCUCGACACACCUGGAACCAAACCCAAGAGAAAACGAAAGUGGAAACCGAAGCGCGAUAAGCAGGGACUUUUCGUUGGUGAAAGGGACCACAUCGAGCAGUGGUGGCAGAAGAUGGAAGGAACCGGUAAAGACUCCGGGUCCCAUGAGCCUUUCGAGGCAGUCCUGCGGCGUCGAGGACAAGCCAUACGCAUUCGAGAGACUUCGCUUCAAAUCAUUAUAAUCAUGGAGGUUCUGGCUCUGGAGGCCAGCACACCACUGUUGCCCGCAGUACCCGCGCUGGACGGUGUCCAGGAUGUGGGAUCGCAAACCCAGGAAAACAGGCCAGCGGAUUUGGAUAAGAAGCAACGCAAGAAGAAAGAUAGCAACAUGACUGCCAUACUUGAGACCUUGAUUGAGCGGCUCAACAUCUUCUACACUCUGGAGUCUUCGCCAGUGAAGACGAUGGAGGAUGAGAAUGGAAGUAUUAAGCCAGACACCAAGGACGAACUCAGAACCUUUGCCACCGAAGUGAUCAUUCCCUUCUUUGCUUCACGCAUCUACGAGAUUGCCAACUCUACCAGCAAGAAACUGGGCGGGCCGAGUGCUCCGCGACCGAUUGAUAAAAAUUCGACAGCGGUUCCCACAUGUCGCAAGCCAGGUGAACCCACGACCCGACAGCCACCCGAGAAGAAAGCCAGAAAGCCCCUUGGUCGCACUUCUACAGACACGCUCAACAAGGUUGGCAAGAACCCUCCUGUUCUCCAGACGUCCGUCACUGAUCUGGACGCGCUUGCUACUCUUAUCAAGAGGGAGAACAGUGAGACCCCGUCACUAUCUCUCCAGAACAUCGAAGCUACAAAGCGGAUUUCCCGGAAGCGAACAACGGCUUUGGAUCAGUAUGCUGCCAGACAUAAGCAGAUUGACCUGUCAGCCAUGACGCAGAACUUGCAGCAAAAGGCGGCCAAGAACAAGUCGGUCGAGGACAAGAUCUUGCGUGACGCUUUGAAUGGCAUCAGAAAGCCCAAUCGAGCUCUUGCCACGGAGGAGACGGCGAGAAACGCAGACGAGAGCUUCGCGAGAGCGCUCGCUCGCGGCAAACCCAGCAAGUCACGCACGCAGCGCAAUGCUGCCGGUGGAUCGCGGGAAGCUAAGACCAUCACUGCCACUCCAAGACAUAUCAAAGCCACUCCAGCUCCUCGGCGUCGUGCAGCAAACCCGGAUCACAGCUUGGGGGAACUUGGCUCUGGCUCUACGGCAGUUGUACCAUCUACCGCUACUCGACUCCCAGCGGAGCCUCAUGUCGUGCCCGGAAGCACUUUCACCAUUCCCCCAACCGGACAUCGCCACAGACAACAGAAAAAUGUUCUCGAGACGCCUUCUCGCGGCUUUGCAAAGUUCAUGCCGGCUGGACUCGCCAGCGAACCUGGCACUCUUCUCAACGAGUCACCCACGCUCAGUCGUGCUGGUAUUGCGCACGACGCAAUAGGUGCCACACCGAUGAGAGCGCUAAGGAUGCCUUCUCUGGCGGCUGAGACGCCAAUAUCGAAGUUGGGUGAUGAUGAUACGGCAGGCGUAAUAAAGUGCUCACCUGCAGGGGUGGUGGUGUCGUGUGUACAGCAGGAAGAUUCUGCGAUUGGUCUUUCGAGCUCUUUCUCAGCAAUGGUGGCAAAAGGAGGGGGAGACCAAGAAAAGUCGCUUUACGAUGCUUUGGGAUGGAACGACGACGGUGGUGAUGAUUAUUGAUGAUGAUUUAGCAUACCUCCAACCAUAGUGCAAGCAUUCUAC